GCGGCGGUUAUCUGGCUGUAGGCAAGGAGAGCUAGAAACAGCUGCAGCUCCCCUCACCGACGGCUUGACCGAGGGAGUGUAUGUCUGUGUGUGUGUGCGUGUGUGUGGGUGCAUGUGGGUCUGGGUCUGUGUGUGCACGCAUGUAGAUGCCGCUUGGGCUGCAACCGGAGCCGCUGCUGCCGCUGGUGAAUAAUGCAGACAGGGGAACGGAGUUUGGAUAGCAUGCAGGGAGCCAGAUUAAUAAUGCAUCUUGCCGGGUUACAUGCUCUGCAUUAGUUAGUUUUGGUGGAACCUGUAGCUGCCUACUGUCUGCCUACCUGCCUGACCUAGUCACUCCCUGCCAACCUUUUUGCCUGUUUGCCAGCCUUUCUACCUGUCUGGCGGACUGUGUGACUUAGUCUGAAAAUGUCUCACUACCAUUUCAUCAAAUGCUGUUGUUUCCAGCUAUGUAACGUCUUUCGCCAGAACAUGGAGAUAGACCAGUGUCUGCUGGAGUCUCUCCCCAUUGGUCAGCGCCAGCGGCUAGUCAGGAGGAUGCGCUGUGACCAAAUAAGGGCGUACUAUGAAAGGGAGAAGAGUCUUCAGCGGCAGCAGGGUGGCAUCAAGGUGCGAGUUCCGCCGACCCACAGGAAGAAACAUCACGUCCGCUUCAGCCUCGCGGAUGUCGUACAGGACGCCAUAAUUAGUCAUGAUGACAAAGAAGUGUUGCGACUUCUGAAGGAGGGAGCUGACCACAACACACCCAUUUCUUCUGGAGGAUCCUUGCUACACCUCUGUGCUCGUCAUGACAAUGUGUUUGCGGCUGAGCUUCUGAUUGAGCGUGGCCUGAACGUCAAUCUCCAAGAUGAAGACCUGUGGACAGCCCUGCAUGUAGCAUGUGUGUGUGACCAUGCUGAUGUGGUGCUGCUACUGCUACUGGCUGGUGUCAACGUUUUGCUCCAGGAUGUCAACGGUAACAUUCCUCUGGACUACACGUCAGAAGGGACAGAGACCAGCUAUAUCCUCAGAAAACACCUGGAGGAAAAUGGUGUGGAUAUGUCAUCCAUGCACACUAUGAAGACGCAGAGAUCCACCACCAUGCUGUCUGAUGUUAGGCAGCUUGUAACUACGGGGGGAAGCCUCAAUCAAGCAAAUGAUGAUGGGGUCACUCUGCUCCACAUAGCCUGUGCCAGUGGUUACAGAGAGGUGGUAUCUGUGUUGUUGGAGAGUGGAGCAGAUCCUCAUCCUGCAGACAACAGUUUCUGGACGCCUCUCCACCUGGCUUCUAAGUAUGGACAGACAAGCAUCAUUAGCCAGCUCCUGAAGCACGGAGCAAACCCUACCCUUUUGAACUGCAACCAAGACAAGCCCUCAGACAUUGCUGCAUCAGAGCCUAUAGUUGAAAUGCUACUGAAUGCAGAGGAAAACUGGCUGCAGAGACUAAAGGACCCCUCUGCUCCUCUGCACUCCACUGACCAACGCUAUGACAGUGGACUGCAUGACCUCAACACUCCCGUUAAGAACUUGAAUCCCCUGGGUCUUCCUAUCUCCAAGCGGGACAGUCUCCUGGAGAAGUGCGCAAUGUUCCGAGAAGCAGGCGGAGCCCUGAGCCGGCAGCCUUCUCAAGACAAUGUCCUCGAUGGCCCCUUCAGCUCUGGAGCCAGUAAACUGGAGCAGGUAAAGUUGAUGCCUCCUGCACCCAAUGAUGACCUGGCGUCCCUCAGCGAGCUCACCGACAGCAGCCUUCUCUACGAGAUGCAGAAGCGCUUCGGCAACGACCAGAUUUAUACCUACAUUGGACACAUCCUACUGCUGGUCAAUCCAAACAAAGAGCUGCCAAUUUAUUCCACUUUGGUGAGUCAGUUGUACCUGAGCUCUACAGGUCGCCUCUGCUCGUCUUUGCCUCCUCACAUAUUUUCCUCAGCAGAGAGGGCGUAUCACAUGAUGCUACAGGAGAGACGUCCCCAGUGUUUCAUCUUGAGUGGUGAAAGUGGUUCUGGAAAAACUGAAGUUUGUAAGCACAUUGUAAGGCAUCUGACGGCUCGCUCCAGCCCUGCAGGCUUUGCACUGGAACCCAGAAUGAAACAUGUGAACUGUAUUCUGGAGGUCUUUGGUCAUGCAAAGACCCAGAGGAAUAACAACUCAAGCCGCUUCAUCAAGCUGUUGACCAUCCAGUAUUGUGAGAAGAGGAGGACGUUACUCAGAGCUCGGAUGUACACCUAUAUGCUGGAGAAGUCCCGUCUGGUCCACUUACUUCCUCACCAACACAAUUUCAACAUUUUCCAUCUGAUGGCAGAGGGCUUGUCACCAGAGGAGAAGAGUGCACUUUACCUCAACAAUGUUCUGGCUCAUAGGUAUCUUAGUGGAGGUCUGCCAGGGGAGAGCCCUCCAGUAGCUACAGCGUCUACCCAAAGCAGAGAACGGCUUACGGCUGUCAAACAGGCCUUGCGUGCCCUAGGCUUCAACAAGCAGGAGGUCGACUCUGUGUUUAUGCUUCUAUCGGCUAUACUCCACAUUGGGGAUCUGCGCUUCACUGCAUUGACAGACGCUGAUACAGCCUUCCCUUCUGACCUGCAGCUGCUGGAGAGAGUUGCUGGAAUGUUGCAGGUGUGCUCCAAUGAUUUAAGCACUGCCCUCACCUCUGAUGUUCAGUACUUCAAAGGUGAUGUCAUCACCCGGCGCCACACCGUGGAGAUGUCGGAGCAGUACAGAGACCAGUUGGCUAAAGCCAUUUACGGACGCCUUUUCAGUUAUCUGGUUAACAGCAUCAAUGACUAUCUACAGGGGCAGGAUGACAGCAUUGGUGAUCCUGCCCUUGAAAUUGGGAUCUUGGACAUCUUUGGCUUUGAAGAAUUUCAGAGAAAUGGAUUUGAGCAGCUGUGUGUGAACAUGACUAACGAGCGGUUGAGGCAGUACAUCUCUGAGGUGCUAUUCCAGCAGGAGCAGGCCGAGUGUCUGCAGGAGGGCAUCGCCACGGAGACCCCACGCUCCCCAGGCAACCAGCCACUUGUUCUAGACUUUUUUCUUCAGAAGCCUCAGGGGCUGCUGUGUGUGUUAGAUGAGGAAAGUCAGAGCCUGAGGCCAGCAGAGCAGACCUUGUACAAGAGAUUGUCUGCCCAGCUGGACGCGAACCCGACUCAUGGCCUCUUUCUCACCACCAAGGAUGGCAAUGGAAACCCCCCACCCAAAGACCAGGGACCAGCCUUCACUGUCAGGCACUAUGCUGAACAGAUUUCAUAUGAUCUUACGGGAUCCCUGACAAGAAACAAGGACUCUCUUCCACAGAAUCUCUUGUUUACAAUGAAGUCCAGUGAGAGUGUGUUACUGCAGCAGCUCUUUCAGUCCAAGCUGACUCAGACUGGUUCGCUGGUGCCAACAGCCCAGGGCCGCAUGGGGCUGAGGGGGUCUAAAGCUGCCCUAUUGCUCCACAGGAUGCCAUCAGCCUCUCUGGUCACUGCCAACACUGUCCCCCACCAACCACGGAGGUACCAUGACCUCACCAAGAUGCUGAAGAAGAAGGGUUCGAGUUCCUUCCUCCAGCGACUUGAGCGGUGUGGGCCCAUCACAGUGGCCGUCCAAUUGAGGAACUCUCUAUCAGAGGUGACCAGUAAGCUGCAGGCAUGCACUCCCCACUUUGUAGAGUGCGUGCGCCCCAACGCCAGUGGUCAGCCAGACAGCUUUGACAGUUUCCAUGUGUCCACCCAGCUGCAAUACAUUGGGGUGCUUGAGAUGGUGCGCAUGAUCCGAUAUGGAUACCCUGUCCGUUUGUCCUUCCCAGGUUUCCUCAGCAGAUAUAAAGACCUUGUUGUCCCAACUUUGGGAGACAAGAAGAAAUUGUCACCAGAGGAGAGAUGUCGCUUGGUUUUACAACACUCCAAACUCCAGGGAUGGCAGAUGGGCAGCAGUAAAGUUUUUCUGAGAUACUGGCAGGCAGAUCAGCUCAACGACCGCUGCUACCACCUUCAUAAAAAGAUCAUCACAUGUCAGAAAGUUGUGCGUGGCUGGCUUGCCAGACGUCGAGCUCAUCAGAGGCUGCUGUUGCAACAAAAAGAAGGGAGCAGUGUGCAGCGUUUCCUACAGGGGGCUGAGGACAUGGGGUUGCGAACCUAUGACCAGUUGGUCAUCCAAAAUGCCUCCGAUAUCGCACGAGAAAGUGACCGCCUUCGUUGCUAUGGCAACACCCUUCUCAACACACUCGGGAACAGCCCACCACUUGGUGAGAGGCCUGAACCUGUGGGCAAGGAGGAGGAUCAGCCCAUCCGGAGUUGCAGGGCUGUGGAUAAAAGCGGCAAAGUCACAGAGGGCCCUGUCAGUGGUGGAAAUCGAGUAAUUCGCCACUUUCGAUCUAGCUCUGUACCAAUCCCACUCGCCUUGGAGAAUCAUUCUUCUGGCAGCCCAAUCAUCAAACCAGCCCUGCAGCAGGUGGCUCAUUCCAAUGAGGAUGGGGCAGGCGGGGGUGGUCUCCACUCGCCUCGGAAACAGCCUCCUCCCAAACCAAAGAGAGAUCCCAAUACUCGUCUGAGUGCAUCUUAUGAAGUAGUUAGUGCAGGGUUGGUGAUGGCAGCCAAAGAGAGUCCAACUCCAGAGGGAUAUGGUUCACCAGCUGGAAGCCCUCCUAAAUCCCAGCUGUCCCCUACAGACCCUGCAGCCUUGUCAAAACCCCGCCCUCACAGUGAUGACUAUACAACCAUGAGGAAGGUGCCUCCCCCAAAACCUAAGCGUAGUCCAAACACUAAGCUGACAGGAUCCUAUGAGGAGAUCAACGCUGUAGCCCCCAGCCUUCACCAGCUGCGCCCUGCUGAUGUAAAGCUGGCCUUACUGUCCCGUGCUGGGGGAUUUGGAGGUUUUGGUGGUUUGAUGCAGAAAGCUGCCUCUCUUGAUGCUCCACAUGGAGCAUCUCUAAGCCUGUACCAUGGCCAAGAUGAAGAGGAUGUGUACAUUGAAAUGUUUGGGGCCCAGUCCCGGGCUCGGAGCCUUCAAGAACCCCCCGACAGCCCAGAGUUGGCUGACUCAGAAGCUGUCUAUGAGGAGAUGAAGUAUGUUCUUCCUGAAGAUGGAGGCCCUCCUGCCACUGUGGUUACCAAGGCAGCCAAACUGGAGGCUUUAGGUUUGGGCCUUGUGGGAUUAGGUACAUCCCCCCCUCAGAGUGGGGAAAAUAAACGUACAACGGCAGCAGGGGUCUCUGUCAUUGACAAUGCACACUCCCAGACCACUUCCACCAGUGGGACUCCCAAAACACAGCACGGAAAAGAUGGCAGCUGUGACAUUCCUGCCCCCUUUCCCAACUUGCUUCCCCAUCGUCCACCUCUCCUGGUGUUUCCACCCUCCCCUGUAACCUGCUCUCCAGCUUCAGAUGAGUCACCCCUAACCCCCCUAGAGGUGAAGAAACUACCAGUGUUUGAGACAAACCUGAACUAUGCUGCUGGCCCUGACAGUCCCCUGUCCCCACAGUAUUCCCGCCAGAGGGCAGACUCCUCUCCUAGCCUCACCGUCCUCAUGCCAGAGAAGAAGUCUACACCUCCACUCACUCCACCACCUCCACCUCCACCCCCUAGUGGACCACCUCCCCCCUAUAGACCUCCCUCACACUUCCCCUUCCCUCCUGAGGCCAGCUUCCUAUCGCUGACACGAGCAGCAUCUGUCACAGGGAGCUCAGACUCUCCCAAAACUCCUUCCUCACAAAGGACAAGUGGGGAGCCACUGGGGAAGCCACCUCCCUACUCUCCAGUGAAAGUGUCCCGUCCUGAGCCUCGGAGAGCCCACUCAUGUUCUUCCUCUCCACUGCUGUUUAACCCAGCCAAUGGCAGACCCCUGACCAGCCCCCUGGAUGAGCUCAACACUCUGUUCAGCUCUGGACGCAGCCUACUGAGAAAGUCCACAUCUGGCCGCAAGAUGAGAGAUGGAGGAUUCAACUCUAAUAUCAAUCUACCAGGACGGGAAGAAUGUGGCUCCGCCCCCACCUCACCAUCUCCGCAGCUGCAAGACAAAAACGCCAACAACCACUCCCCCCACUCCCCAAGCCCCGCCCCCCUGGAGAACGGCAACCAGAUCUCGAACGGGUCGUUAGAGGAUGAGAGCCACAGCAAGUCAAACUCUUCCAGCUCCGCCACUCUGCACAGACACAUGGACAGCCAUCAUACUCAGAUGUUCCAGCAGCUGCGUUUGUCUAGCGGGGAUGAGUGUGCUGCCCUCGGGGAGCUUCUGCAAUGGCGACGGGCGCAGUGUGAGGGGCGGGGUGACUGGAAGCACCGUCCACCUCAGUCCCCACCUCUGCCCCCCACGCUGCUCUGGACUAACAGGAAGGCCUCUCCAUGACAGAGGUUCCCACUAGAUGGAUGUGUGGUGCAUUCACCUGUAAUGGCAAUGAAUUUUCCUCCUUAUUAUUCUCCUCAACCAUAUUUUUUUUUGUUGCGGACCAAGUAACGUUGAUGUCCAAGGACCAGGCCAGAAGCCUAAGUCCUGAAGCAUGUUCACAAGUCCCUGGGCUGAGGGUCCUCCCUCUCUGCCUUUGACCUCGACCACUUGACGAUGGAGGAAGCCCACACCCAACUCAACCUGUAAAAUGAGAGCUCAGCACCUUCUAGCAUUGAUAAGGGUAUAAAUAUGAGUGAAAAGCUGACCCAGUAGAGAAUAGAAGAUACUUUACUGACUGAUUAAAUAAAACAGUCCAACCGGAAAUGUAGAUACUAUUACCUGUUGUUAGUUCUACUGUGACAUCCAUUCAUGAGAGACUGUUUUUUUUUGGAGGCUUUAAGGACAGAGUAACCACGUUUUCAUGACAGUCAAAUGAUAAAGCGUCCAUCCUUAGUGUUUGUAUCAUAGCUUCUCAUGUGCUGCACAGAGGAACUCUACACUAAAACAUGGUGCUGAUUAUACUUGACGUGCUGUCCUGUGAUGUUCCCAUGAGUGCUUGUGUGUGCACCAUCCAAGUCUAAGACCUCUCUUAAGUUUACAAGGUGAACAGCGCCUUUGGACAGCUCGAGUUUUUAGCGCCAGUGGAUUGGCUUAGACGUGGGACCUUUUCACCUUUUCAGGGACACAGCACUUAGCCCCUCACGCCUGGGCACUAAGUGCUACCACAACCCUGGCAACAAGUAUCCAGGGUCAAGGUAACCUCAGUAAUAUCCCAAGGUGCACUUCUCUUCCCCAUUGUUACCACCAGCCUUUGAGGAACAAACACCUCUGGCCAAAUGCAAACUUCUGCACUUACCUUUACUCUGAAAAGGGGAUCCAGCUCUGGUUGAAAGGGGUACUCCAGCGAUUUAGUGUUGCACAUCCAUACAGCCUGAAGACACAUUUAAAAGGAAUAAUCGUAAUGGUUGCAGAGGCUGAGAUACUCUCCUGUCUCCAGUAUGUUUAAAGCUUUGCCUUGUAAAAUCCUGCAUCUUACAAACUGCAUGUUCCAAGUUAGUAAUUCAACUAACAUAAGAUUGGUAGCAGUUUACAUCACAACUUGAUAAGAACAUCAUAAUCGUAGGGUAAUAGUUUCAUUAUAAAGAUGUAGUAACGAAAUAGUAUAAUGUAAUCACCUAAAUAAUAACCAGGUAAAAACUUGGUGUCAAUAAUGAAUAUAUCUAGAGUGAAAUUAAUGCAACAGAGUAAUGAGCAGCCAAAAAUAAAUGGUAAUAAAGGGGAAACAAUAUAGCAAAACAGCAACUUACUGACUCGUAGGUAUUACUGUACCAUAUAGGACUUUGGUAGCAUGUAGCAGCCCUGAUUCUUGUUAUCACGCAGAAACGUCCACUCGUUAAAGCAUUAAACACAUCAUAUUUACAGUAUUACACUGAAACAAAAGGAAAUGGGACAUAUGGGAGAGUGAAUUUCAGCAUUUUAAUACGGUGAUCACCAAUUGAGACAACACUUUACAUGUGGUUUUGAACAUUUUGCAAAUGACAAUAUUGUGAAAACAAUUACCCUCUGUUUUUAACCCCUUAAUGUCACCAUAUUGUGAUUUUUAAUUGAAAUAUUGACGUAAACACCCUGAGGCCUCCGGACAGGCCCAGAACUCACUGGAGGGAUCAUAGCUCUCUGUCAGCCUGGGGAUGCUCAGUGUCCCUUCAGAGGAGCUGGAGGAGGUGGAUUUUGCCAUUUAAUUGUUCACAGGUCCUCAUUUUAUUGCCAAAAUAUGAGAACAAUAUUUUAGUCUUAUUGUUGUAUUUGAAUGCAUAUCGCCAUUAUUUACACUUUGUUUUUAGCUGCUUGUUACCUUGUUACAUAAACAUCAGUGUAGUAUUAACCAGAUACACUAUACCCAUUAUUAAUAACAGGCUGUCUUUCAAGAUGUCUAUAUAAUGAACAAUUAACCCUCUAUUAAUAUGUUAUUACCAAACUGUAAUGUAAACUGCUGUACAUAAUUUGUUGCCUGAAUAUCAAGCAAAUACAUAUUAUAUUCAAUCUCAGACAGCAGUUUCUCCACAGCCACCAAAUACAAAGGGACUGUAUUCUGACAGUGAUGAGUCAAUAGAAACUAUCAUUAAACAGUAAACAGUUAAUUUUUUUUAGAAUUACAGUAAAAUUGGUGGAGUGCCCCUAUAUUACAGAGGAAAAUCUACAAAAUCUUCAGCCAACAGGUAUUUAGUUCGUGUUGUGAACAUGAAACUUUGUGCCAAAGUGACACAACUCGUGAAAGAUAUGUCUAAACAAACAGUAUAGUUAUAGAAACAUGCUGAUGUACGCAGCAGCCCCAUAUACUCAUGUAUAGUGUGUACAUAAUACACAAAUGACACAAAUGACCAAAUCAGAGCUGUUGCUGCAGUUCAGUGAUGAUUUAAUGGACUGUUGCUGAAAAGACAAAAAAAAAAAUGAUGAAAAGAGGGAAAAAAGAGUCUACACUUGAAAUAAUGACUAAACUCUCAUUGUGUCUCAUCAACACGUGGACAGUUUCAUGUGUUGCUACAGAGACUGUGCAGAGCUCAGGAACUCACGCACAGAUGAACUCAAUUAUUGUACAGAUUCCACCACAGUGGGUGUGUCCACACAUCUGCCCAUUAUCUUCAACGUCUGCCCUUCUGUCCAUUCAUCUUCUUUCCCAACUUAACCCCAACAAACAGACCCAUGCGGUCUUCAACCCUUCCCCCUCUUCCCUUAGUGGAUCAGACCGGCUCGACGGGCGUUUCCAUGGUUACCACUCUGUAAAUAGUGAUCAGUGUUGUAAGUUCUACCUUUACUAUAACAGAAAAGCACAGAGAUUGAAUUGAAAGAUCACACAGAUGAGAUACUACUGUCUAUGAUGGUGAAACUGAGAUUUAAGAAUGUGUUGGGUUAGAUGCAAUGACAGAAGUAAAGAGAAGAGGUUUAUUUUAAAAUGUGAAUAUCUUUUUUUCAGGAUGAUUGUCUAUGGCUAUGAAAUUCUUUAUACUCUAUUUAAUAUUAUUUGUUAUUUCACUCUUGACCCUGUUGUUCUGUUCCUAUGAUGCAAGGCAGAUCCUCUCAUCGUAUAUAUGGAUGUUUUAUUGCACAAUGUUUUUGUAGUGUCGUGUUGACUUCUGUAAUGGGCUGGGUGUGUCUCGACAAACUGUUUGAUCUUUGAUGAUUGGUCUGAAUUGUCAGAGCCACAAAGUAUCAAUAGCUCAAAUUGAUUUCUCAUUCCCACUGAUCACCCACAAUGUGUCUGAUUGAUUCAGCCUUACAAAUUAGCAGCACCAUCAAAGGAUCAAUCUCAGUGGCUGUUAGUGCGUGAAGGUGCACGAACGUUGAAGAGGAAUUAGAUAAGAGACCUCUGGCAUUCACAUCAGAGACGGCAAAGCAGCUGAGCUUCAUUUUCUGAAAUGACUGGCUGAAUGUAUAAAUGCAAAUUUUAUUUAACUGCCUGUGCUCAUCAGUGGAAAGCCUGUAUCUUAUUAUUGAAACAUGCACCUGUAUCUAAAAAGUGUACCUGACUGCUUAAUGUGAUAAUUGUCUUGACAAGUUAUGUAUGCAGUCCUCUUUUUUAAGGAAACUAAUACAUAUUUUAAAACAGUUACAGAUUUGCUCCAUGAAUCACAUGAAUCCCGCUGUGGCACCGGUACUGCAGUGGAGACUUAUGUUAAAGAUUGUCAUUUUGGUGCAGUCUAUUCAUCUGCACAUAAAUUUAAGCCCAUCCAUGAUCCCAUUUACACUUAGUCACAUCACACAUCUUAGGAAAAUCAAACUCCUGUCCGUAAUGAAACUAAAUUCUUGAUGAAUCCAGGUAGCAUUUAAGACAAAUGUGUGAAGUGUCUCCAUACAGGAAGCUUUAACAGGAAGUGGCUUCUACAAUCUCUGUUUCCUUUGUAAAUGACACUUUGUGAUACAGAAAUUGUAGAGUGAUUUAAUACGACAUCCAUUUGUGGUAUAUUUUGGUUACUUGCUAGCUGGCAGUUAUUAUUCCAACAUGAUUAUUUUAUUUAAAGGUCACAGUCACAAGAUUCUUUUUCAGUCAGAAUAUUCAGAUUUGACCAAGAUGCAUAUAUGUGGUAACAUGUAAACUAAAUUAUGCAUAUGCGCAUGAUGUAUACUGAGUCACAUUCAGAUUUUAUCUUAUACAGUACAAUUGAUAUAAUAAGUGUAAAUGGGGCUUGUGAUGAAGCAAUUUCUCCAACAAAGAUAUCAAGCACAUCGAUCCAUUAUAACCUGCUUACUGAAUCUAUUUUUUUACUGUCCUUUUAACCAAAUGGUCCACUUUCUACUUUGCAUGACAACAUGUUGGGCCUGACCGUUUGUGACAUGCUCAUGCUGAAAAGAUUUUAAAAAUGCUCUCUAAUGUGAAGACCUGCUUCCCACUGCACUGUGAAUCACUGCACUGUCCAGUGUCUCUCUUCCUCCAUCCACACGUCUCCUCCCUCAUACUCAAACCUUGAUGACUUAGCUCCGUCUAUCACCAACACACCAAACCAAACCACCACACUCUGGUAGCCAGAUUAUUGCCAGUUCUUGUUGUUAGUCAGGAAUCUGUAAAUCCUCUGCACUGAGAUCAGCUCUCUGGUGCUACAGCCCGUGCAGAACGGCCAUUUUACUGUCCGAGGUCCAUGUAUGAUUGUCUGGAGAGACACAUAUUUUAGCACCUAAACAAGGUUAUCUCACUGCCUUUCAUAGUGUUGAUGUUUUUUGUUUGUUUUUUUAUUGUAACCUUUCUUUUGUACAUGACAUACAGUAUAUUUUAACCUGCGUACAUAUGUGUUCGUGGAAAGAAAAAAGAUUGUGAUAUUUCAUAAUUAUUCUGUUCCCAAUGUUUUAUAAGUACUGUACCUGUACAGCAAUAAAGCACAAUUGUGUGAAUGCCA